AUGUUCGAAGACUCGCUGGAUCCUGACCUCACGACUGAAAUAAGCGAGUGCGACCUCCAGGAGAUGGACGUGCAACUAUGCUCUAGUCUUCUGGACAUCGUUAAUUCCUCCAGUGCCACCAACUUCGGUGCACGGCAUCCUUCCGCUCAGCCAAUUCCCCCAAUCAUCAUCCCAGACUUAACUAGACUCAUCACCCGAUGCUGCCAAUACCCAGUUUCCGGUGGCGCAUACGGUGAUAUCUACAGAUGUGUAUACCACGGACCAGGUGGCGAUGUAGAUGUUGGUGCCAGUAUCACAACUCUUCCAUGUUUGAUGACUGAUGAGGUGCUCCGGAAAGAGCUUGGGAUAUGGAAGAGGUUGCAGCAUUUCAAUAUCUUGAAGUUCAUGGGUACUACCCGAGACUUUGGCCCAUCUGAGGCUUUGGUUGCUCCGUGGAUAGUCAACGGAAAUCUGACGUCAUUCCUCAGCCAGAACAACGAGAACCUCGGGCUACGUGAUCGUCUGCUCCUGCUCCGUGAUAUCGCCGCUGGCCUCAACUAUCUUCAUACAUUCACUGUCGAUAUAGACGGAUACAACUUGAAUGCAGUCAUUCAUGGAGACCUCACUGGUACCAACGUCCUCGUCGAUGGCGAUAGAAGGGCAUACCUUGCAGAUUUUGGCCUUUCCGGAACUUUGACACAAUUUCCCGGCAUGACGUACCUCGCAAAGACGAGCUGCCAUCCGGGAGCUUUGAGGUGGACAGCUCCUGAACUUCUCUCUGCGGAAGAAGUCACAUCAGCCUCUGCGGUUACCACUCAAAGUGACAUUUACUCGUUUGGUAGUAUUGUACUUCAAGUUUUGACGGGAAACAUUCCUUGGCCUCACUUGAUCAAUGUGGCUGCAAUCUUGCGUAAAGUGAUCUUUGAGGAGGAAACUCAUCCUCGUCCAGACGACAAUCGUGUCACUGACCAGCACUGGAAGUUCAUAACCUUGUGCUGGUCUAAGGAACCAGAUGCUCGUCCUUCUGCUGAAAAAGCACUUCAGUUCAUUGGCAGUGAGCUCGUUUUGUACGACCGGGGCAGCAUCGAUGGUGGACAGCACCCUGCCUUGGUUCCCGUUCCUGGAUAUGCGCCUCUGGUAAUUGGUCCAGUACGCCAGAAUCCACCUUUUGUCUCAACAUCUGCAUGUGGACGUUGCGCACUUUAUGGGUGA